AUGAGCAAACCGUCAUUCGACUAUCGACUCGAUGAAGAUACAGACCCGGAAGCUGGUGGUCCAUCCGAGCUGGAGAGCAGCACUUCAUCCAGCCCCAAUAUCUCCCAUCGGGAAUGGUACGACAAACAGAUUGGAAAGAAUCCAUACUAUGAAGUUUAUCACAAACCGGUGGUCAACCGUCCAGGAGCUCUGCUCAUCUUGUGCAUCCUGUCUCUAUGUGUCUCUCUCACUGUUACUGCGCUAGAUGCGCUCAUCGUGUGCAAACAUCUGAAAGAUGUCUAUAUGGCUACCGGUCUGGUAGCCGGACCUGCCGGAUUUCUGGCAAGCUUUUUUGGUAUGAUUUUUUUGCGUCUUCAAAGCAACUGUUUGGCCAUUGUGGUUCUCAACAUGGACACGAGUGCUCUGUGUCUGAACGCGUUCUGCGCGUUCCACAGCAUUGUGAUUGCCACGGUUGGUCAACUCACGGAUAUGUCCUUGUGGGCCAAACAAGUGGGUAUAUCCGUUUUGUGCUUGAUCUAUGUGUGCCUUAUUGUGGCACAUUUCAUUCUGAUGAGUAUGGCUACAUGCACUCGAUUCAAAUGGAAAUCAACCGAUUCCAAACAACCCAAGUGA